GUGCUCUCCUAUUCCAGGUUUUCAAAUUAAACCUUUCACAUCACUGCGCUUCUUAUCAGAACCUUCCGAUGCCAUCACAAUGCGAGGAGCAAAUGUUCUGCUCAACUGCUCUGCAGAAUCUGACCGAGGAGUUCCAGUUAUCAAGUGGAAAAAAGAUGGCAUCAACCUAGGCUUGGGAUUGGAUGACAGGAAGCAGCAACUUCCUAAUGGGUCUCUCUUGAUACAAAACAUACUUCACUCCAGACACCACAAACCAGAUGAGGGACUUUACCAGUGUGAGGCAUCCUUGGGAGACUCUGGCUCAAUUAUUAGUCGGACAGCAAAAGUUGCAGUAGCAGGACCACUGAGGUUCCUUUCCCAGACAGAAUCUAUCACAGCCUUCAUGGGCGAUACAGUACUACUCAAGUGUGAAGUCAUUGGGGAACCCAUGCCAACAAUACACUGGCAGAAAAAUCAACAGGACCUUAUUCCUGUCCCAGGAGACUCGCGUGUGGUGGUCUUGCCCUCUGGCGCAUUGCAGAUCAGCCGACUUCAACCAGGCGACAUUGGGAUCUACCGAUGCUCAGCUCGAAAUCCAGCCAGCACAAGAACAGGAAAUGAAGCAGAAGUCAGGAUUUUAUCAGAUCCAGGACUUCAUAGGCAGCUGUAUUUUCUGCAGAGACCUUCCAAUGUAGUAGCUAUUGAAGGAAAAGAUGCCGUCUUGGAGUGUUGUGUUUCUGGCUAUCCUCCGCCAAGCUUUACCUGGUUACGAGGAGAGGAAGUCAUCCAACUCAGGUCUAAAAAAUAUUCUUUGUUGGGCGGAAGCAACUUGCUCAUCUCUAAUGUGACAGAUGAUGACAGUGGAACCUACACUUGUGUUGUCACAUACAAGAAUGAGAAUAUUAGUGCCUCUGCAGAGCUCACAGUCUUGGUUCCACCAUGGUUUUUAAAUCACCCUUCCAACCUCUAUGCUUAUGAAAGCAUGGACAUUGAGCUUGAAUGUGCAGUUUCUGGGAAGCCUGUGCCCACUGUGAAUUGGAUGAAGAAUGGAGAUGUGGUCAUCCCUAGUGAUUAUUUUCAGAUAGUGGGAGGAAGUAACCUACGGAUCCUUGGGGUGGUGAAGUCAGAUGAAGGCUUUUAUCAAUGUGUGGCUGAAAAUGAGGCUGGCAAUGCCCAGAGUAGUGCUCAGCUCAUUGUCCCAAAGCCUGCCAUCCCAAGCUCCAGCGUCCUCCCUUCUGCUCCCAGAGAUGUGGUCCCCGUCUUGGUUUCUAGUCGCUUUGUCCGGCUCAGCUGGCGCCCACCUGCAGAAGCAAAAGGGAACAUUCAAACCUUCACAGUCCUUUUCUCCAGAGAAGGUGACAACAGGGAGCGAGCCUUGAAUACAACCCAGCCUGGGUCCCUUCAGCUUACCGUGGGAAACCUGAAACCAGAAGCCAUCUAUACCUUCAGAGUUGUUGCCUACAAUGAGUGGGGACCAGGGGAGAGUUCUCAACCCAUCAAGGUGGCCACUCAGCCUGAGUUGCAAGUUCCAGGGCCAGUAGAAAACCUGAAAGCUGUAUCUACCUCACCUACCUCAAUUCUUAUUACUUGGGAACCCCCUGCCUAUGCAAAUGGUCCAGUCCAAGGUUACAGAUUGUUCUGCACUGAGGUAUCCACAGGAAAAGAACAGAAUAUAGAGGUUGAUGGACUAUCGUAUAAACUGGAAGGCCUGAAAAAAUUCACGGAAUAUACUCUUCGAUUCCUAGCUUAUAAUCGCUAUGGGCCGGGAGUAUCUACUGAGGAUAUAACAGUGGUUACCCUUUCAGAUGUGCCAAGCGCUCCACCUCAGAAUGUCUCACUGGAAGUGGUUAAUUCAAGGAGUAUCAAAGUAAGCUGGCUUCCUCCUCCAUCAGGAACACAGAAUGGAUUUAUCACUGGCUAUAAAAUUCGACACCGAAAGACAACCCGCAGGGGUGAGAUGGAAACACUGGAGCCAAAUAACCUCUGGUACCUGUUCACAGGAUUGGAGAAGGGAAGUCAGUACAGUUUCCAAGUGUCAGCCAUGACUGUCAAUGGCACAGGACCUCCUUCGAAUUGGCACACAGCGGAGACCCCAGAGAAUGACCUAGAUGAGUCUCAGGUCCCUGACCAGCCAAGCUCCCUUCAUGUGAGACCCCAGACCAACUGCAUCAUCAUGAGCUGGACUCCUCCCCUGAAUCCAAACAUCGUGGUGCGGGGUUACAUUAUCGGUUAUGGUGUUGGAAGUCCUUAUGCUGAGACAGUACGUGUGGACAGUAAGCAGCGGUAUUAUUCCAUUGAGAGGUUAGAGUCAAGUUCGCAUUAUGUAAUCUCCCUAAAAGCUUUCAACAACGCCGGAGAAGGUGUUCCUCUUUAUGAAAGUGCCACCACCCGGUCUAUAACAGAUCCCACUGACCCAGUUGAUUAUUAUCCUUUGCUUGAUGAUUUCCCCACCUCCGUCCCAGAUGUCUCCACCCCCAUGUUCCCACCAGUAGGUGUGCAGGCUGUGGCUCUUACUCAUGAGGCUGUGAGGGUCAGCUGGGCAGACAACUCUGUCCCGAAGAACCAAAAAACAUCCGAUGUGCGACUUUACACUGUCCGGUGGAGGACCAGCUUUUCUGCAAGUGCCAAGUACAAGUCAGAAGACACAACAUCCCUCAGCUACACAGCAACAGGCCUGAAACCAAACACAAUGUAUGAGUUCUCAGUCAUGGUGACAAAAAACAGAAGGUCAAGCACGUGGAGCAUGACCGCACACGCCACCACCUAUGAAGCCGCCCCAACCUCUGCUCCCAAGGAUCUGACAGUCAUUACUCGGGAAGGGAAGCCUCGCGCAGUCAUUGUGAGCUGGCAGCCUCCCUUGGAAGCCAAUGGGAAAAUUACUGCUUACAUCUUGUUUUAUACCAUGGACAAGAACAUACCAAUAGAUGACUGGAUUAUGGAAACCAUCAGUGGCGAUCGACUUACCCAUCAAAUCAUGGACCUGAACCUUGACACCAUGUAUUACUUUCGAAUUCAAGCACGGAAUGCAAAAGGAGUGGGGCCCCUCUCUGAUCCCAUCCUCUUCAGGACUCUGAAAGUGGAACAUCCUGACAAAAUGGCUAAUGACCAAGGUCGUCAUGCAGAUGGAGGUUAUUGGCCAGUUGAUACUAACUUGAUUGAUAGAAGCACUCUCAAUGAGCCACCCAUUGGACAAAUGCACCCCCCACAUGGCAGCGUCACCCCUCAGAAGAACAGCAACCUGCUUGUGAUUACCGUGGUCACCGUGGGCAUCAUCACAGUUCUGGUGGUGGCGAUUGUUGCUGUGAUUUGUACACGGCGCUCUUCAGUUCAGCAGAAAAAGAAACGGGCCACCCACAGUGUGGGCAAAAGGAAGGGCAGUCAGAAGGACCUUAGACCCCCUGACCUUUGGAUCCAUCAUGAAGAAAUGGAAAUGAAAAAUAUUGAGAAACCUGCAGGACCUGACCCUUCAGGAAGGGAUUCCCCUAUCCAGAGCUGCCAGGACCUCACGCCAGUCAGCCACAGCCAGUCAGAAACACAAAUGGGGAGCAAAAGCACUUCGCAUUCAGGUCAAGACACUGAGGAGGCAGGGAGCUCUAUGUCUACUCUGGAGAGGUCCCUGGCAGCACGCCGUGCCACCCGGGCCAAGCUCAUGAUUCCCAUGGAGGCCCAGUCAAAUAAUCCUGCUGUCGUGAGCGCCAUCCCUGUGCCAACCCUAGAAAGUGCCCAGUACCCAGGAAUCCUCCCAUCUCCGACGUGUGGAUACCCCCACCCACAAUUCACUCUCCGGCCUGUACCAUUCCCAACACUGUCAGUGGACCGAGGUUUUGGAGCAGGAAGAAGUCAGUCUGUGAGUGAAGGACCAGCAAGCCAACAACCACCCAUGCUGCCCCCAUCCCAGCCUGAGCAUCCCAGCAACGAGGAAGCACCCAGCAGAACCAUCCCCACAGCCUGUGUCCGACCUACUCAUCCACUCCGCAGCUUUGCUAACCCUUUGCUACCUCCACCAAUGAGUGCAAUAGAACCGAAAGUUCCUUACACGCCGCUUCUGUCUCAAUCAGGACCUUCUCUCCCCAAGACUCAUGUUAAAACUGCUUCUCUUGGGCUGGCUGGAAAAGCAAGGUCCCCUCUGCUCCCCGUGUCUGUGCCAACAGCCCCUGAAGUGUCAGAGGAGAGCCACAAGCCAACAGAGGAUCCAGCCAAUGUGUAUGAACAGGAUGAUUUGAGUGAACAAAUGGCAAGUUUGGAAGGGCUAAUGAAGCAACUGAAUGCCAUCACGGGUUCAGCUUUUUGACACAUAUUGCAGAAAUGUCGAGGUGAAUUUUUUGGGAACUUUGCAGCGUACCAGUUAUUCAUCAACAGCACACCUGUGUCCGAGAACUCUAACUGACCUACAGGUCAACUAUCAGGACCACUCAGUUAAGAAUUGUAUGAAGCGGUUCAGAAGGAAUCAGCAUCCCGUCCUACAUAGGCAUCAGGAAUUGUACAAGGAUGACUAUGAGGUCCCUAAGCAAAAGCAACGAUACUCUGUACUGCAAAGUCGAAGCUGAAGCUGCUAGAAUAGUCCUGGGACUUUGUCACUGCAGUGACCACCAUCUCAUAACAAACGCCUACAUUUCUUUCAUCAAGACCUCUUGUUUUAUGUAUAGGUCUAAACUUAAAAAAAUGCAAGUGCAUAAUUCAAGCCUGUCCACAUGCCACGGCGAAUCAGUGCAAGCUCACUAUUUUUUGUUUUCAACUUUGAAAUACAAAGCACUCAUGUAAAUUCUUUCAUUCCAUAACACUAUAAGUUUGGAUGUUUUCCUGACAGCACAUAAAGGAAAUAAGUAAACAAACAAAAAGCAACGAUGCCUAUAACUCAUUCAUCUCACACGAGUGACAGGUCUUAGCAAAUGGGCAUAAAAUGUACCAAUUUUAGCAGGUAUUUGUAAAUCAAUUCUUAGUUAACAUUUAUGUAUAGAGUACAGAAAUAUAAAAUUCUGUAACUGGUGGCAUCCUGAGAGGAACACAUAGUUCCAGAAAGAGAAUUCAACAUGCAGUCUUCUCAUGCAUAUGGUGAUUGUGCGCUUAAGCUUAUAAUAGGACACUUUUCAAUUUGGGUGGCUUCUGUGCCAUCCCACACUGUGAUGACAUGUCUGAGGUUCACCAAGUCAUCCAUUUCAGCAAUUUAGCCAGGAGAGUUCCCCAGCCCUUCACCCCAGCCACCCUGACUUCUCCCUGGCAACUAGCCUUAGGCCCCAUGCAUCCUAUAACUUGCCAGCCAGUGUCCUCUAUUCCACUGUGGAAUUAGAAGACUUCCCGAGAGCAAACUUAAAAAAGAAAGCAACCUUGAAAGAUAGUGUCCAACAGUAUCUUUUCUUAAUUGAUGCCCCUUCCAACGAUUGCAUCUUCAGGGAGCUAUGUAAGGCAACACUGAGAGAUGUUAACCACAGGCUCUGUUGCCAAGGGAACCUUCCACACCAUGCCUAUGCCAGACUCAGGGAGGAGAGAGGGAUAGGCACCACUUGACAUCUGACACAUCAUAAUUCCAAUAUGUAUUUUUCAAAGCAGCAUCUUAAACUGUGGACUAGAAUUUUCAGCUUCUAUUGCCAUGCUAUCUACAGCUUGGAACUAGCUGAAAUUAAGAACAUUUUCUGCUUACCCUUUUAGUUUAUGAAUUUUCAGCUGAAUUUGGAGUUAAUCCCUAUUUAUGCAGCUGAGUCGUCGAAAGGGAGCUAGUUUGCAUAUUUAUCAGUUAGGUGACUCGAAAACCCAAUGAGAGAGUUUCAGCUGAAUUAUUCCUUUCAGCUCUGCCUUUGAUUUCAAGCUUGAGUAGGUCAUAAUUUUGAAAGAGCAUGGCAAAGAUAGGAUCUUUACAACCUAAUAGCUCCUUUUAUUAGGUGGGUAAUUAUAUAUGAAUCCCCGAAUGAAAUAUUUUGAGCAAAAUGGCACUGUAACAGAAGUAAUAAUUCAGAUUAUUUUUUUACAGUUUUAUGUCGGGAAGAAAAUCUGAUGUCAAAGAGAGGGCUUGUUCAAACGGUUCAUUAGAAUGUCUGGUCCAUUUGCAGAACGGUUCCUUCAGCAAGAGUGCUUCUUCAAUGUAGUAAGGUUUUCUGGAAGUCCCUUCGAAGAGCUAUGUGAUGUUAUUUAAUGGGACAGAAUAUUCCUGUUCAGUAUCUGGGCACUAAGGCACCCUCCACUGGCCUGAAAUAAAGCAUUUCCUAACACAGUAUUGAGUCCUUCAGAGAUCAUCUCAUUAAUCCAUUGCUUCAGUGAGGAAAAUGUUUAUUAACUUUCUCAACAUCCUAGAAUAGUUUCCCUUUUCUAAUACACACAGGCAAGAAACAUCCUUCGGAGGCAUUGGAUACCCAUGAGGACCAUCUAAUGUUCAAUUUGGCAUUUGCUAUAAAUCUCAGAUUUCAGGGACUGAGUUAUAUAAAUCUGUUCUGUGCAAUGUAGUUGGACAGUCGAGACAACUAGCAUUUUCACCAAAUUCUAGACCCCUCCACUCAGUCAAUAAUUUUAGAAAAUGUGAUCCUUGAAAGUAGUCAUUAAAAGUAUACGUUACAUGUUUUCAGUGGGAGUUAUGGUUUUUCCAGAUUUCUGUGAAAUUCAUUAAACAAAUACAGUGCUUUAUUUUGGCAAUUUGUAAUACUAAUAAGUCUUAUUGCUGUGCCUCAAAUAUACAACAGAAUCCUUGUAAGCAUGUUCAGGAGGCUCUGAUGUCAUUAACCCGGUGAUUUUCAUAUGCAAUGAAUUCAACAUGAUAUCUGCAGAAUUCUUGCCCUCCUCCCAUCCUCCCCAAGUAGUUCACAUGUGUACAUGAAACCUGUCCAGAUAACUUUUUAAUUUCCUGGUCUCUUGAUCUUUUAAUAAGAAAAAAAAUCUGUGACUGGAGUAAGAUAGCCUCAUUGUGCUCCUUCUCUGGGUCUACUUCAUGGUAUACAGGGCCCUUUAAGAUUAUACAUUUCUCCGACUCACAUAGGGCACAGCUUGACAGGCAGCCAGCAACCCUGCCCCCAGGAUUCAUUUCUCUGUGAGAGAGAAGAAAAUCAAAGUUGGCAAGA